CAGUACUUGCACAAAAGGGGACAAGGUGGUGAAAAAAAGGCCUUAGUGUGAUAGUGCCAUUUUUUCCGCUUUCAGUUUAUGCCCGUUUCACAGGGCUUCCAACAGGAAAAUGUUGAGACAGAGCAUUUGGAGAUUCACAACCACUAUGGUCUGUAGGGGCCACUUGGAGGAAGGUCCAGGGAAGAAUUUGCCGUUUUCGGUGGAAAACAAGUGGCAGUUACUAGCUAUGAUGACAUUGUACUUUGGAUCUGGAUUUGCUGUACCUUUCUUUAUAGUAUGACAUCAAUUGCUUAAAAAAUAAAGAUGUUUCAGCUAAUCCAUGAAACAGAUAUGAAGAGGAGCAUUUUAAGAGGUGCAGUCUCUUUGAAAACUGGAUCAAACUGUUGAACUCGACACACUAGAUGUGUUUGCAAAUAAACUUAUGGCAUAAA